AUGGCGCCACGAACGUCCCGAUCACUCGCGUCCGCGGCUCCCGAUCCCCAGACACACGAGCCCGCUGAUGACAAUUUGAGCCUCGAUGUUCCUGAACAACUUUUGACGCCUGAAAACAGUCGCUCGGAGACAUCAAGCAACAAUGAGAACGCGUUGACAGACGAAAAACCCGCAGGACGGCGUAGGUCAACACGGGUCGCACGCGCAUCUUUGCCAGCUGGUGAGCCGCUGGAAGACACACCCGAGAAAGAAGAGCCCGCGGCCUCAUCCAGCGCGGCUUAUGUCGAUAGCCUCGCCAAAGCAAAAAGAUCACACUCCUCGCUUCGCCACAGCAUUGCAGUAAUGGAAAAUUCGCUGUGGAGCGCUACUCCAACCGAUGAUGAUACCACCGCCUAUGACCACCCAAUGGCCCCCGAUACCCCGGUCUCAAAGUCAUCGCAGGAGCUACAGUCUGAGGAUAUGAAUACAUCGCUCCAGCAGCGUACGCUGCGAAAUCGUGCAGAGAAAACAUUGGCCGAGGAUGAAGGAACUAGCGAGGCGAAGUCGGCCCCAUCUCGAAUCGUUUCUCGCAAAUCUCUACGACUGUCAGGUCGCAUUGGUCUUCUGGAUAAGGCCACCGAUCUAGUCGAAAGGGCCAGCAGUAUCCUAGGGAAGCGUACAAGAGGCCUGGUUGAUAAGGAGCUUGGUCGGCGUGCUAGUCUGCGACCUCGCGUAACUGCCUCUCCGAAAGAAGAGACAGCCAAUAAUCACAUAACGAAGAAACGCCGAGUUUCCGAGAGUGAUUUGCCCAAAAUCCAAGAAUCAGAUUCGUCUGACUCGGAGGAACCCCCAACACCAGCUUCGGCGCGGCCUAAGCGUAAGCUCUGGCUGUCCCACGGGCUUUACACGGGACAGGAACCUUCGGACUCGCCGCCCAAGCAGCGCCGCAGUAAAAACUCGAAGAAGACUGGCACCGGCCCCAUGCAUCGUACGAUUCUUCCCAUGCCAAUGUUUAAGGGUGCCCGGCUUUUGAAGAAUGGGCGGGAUUUCCAGUUGCCGUUCGACAUCUUCUCGCCCCUUCCGCCUGGUCAACCAAAGCCCAAUGAGUGGCGUAAGACCAAUAAAAAUGUUUUUGUAGGUGAUGCCGGAAGCUUCUGGAGAUCGAACAAAAACCUCGAGCUUUCUCUUUGCAUGUGCACCGAAGAUACUGGCUGCGAUGAGAACUGCCAGAACCGCUACAUGUUCUACGAGUGUGAUAAUGGCAAUUGUAGGUUGGGUCCUGAGUGCGGAAACCGAAACUUCGAGGGCCUCAAGCAUCGAACCAAAGCUGGUGGCAAGUAUAAUAUCGGUGUCGAGGUCAUUAAAACGGCAGAUCGUGGUUAUGGCGUCCGCAGCAACCGUUCUUUCGAACCCAACCAGAUUAUUGUGGAAUAUACCGGAGAGAUUCUCACCCAGCUUGAGUGUGAGAAGAGGAUGAGAACAGUCUACAAAAACAAUGACUGUUACUAUCUCAUGUAUUUCGAUCAAAACAUGAUCAUCGACGCUACUCGAGGAUCCAUUGCUCGCUUUGUCAAUCAUGCAUGUGCGCCUAACUGUCGUAUGGAAAAAUGGACCGUCGCUGGCAAGCCACGCAUGGCCCUCUUCGCAGGGGACCGCGGAGUCUCAACUGGGGAGGAGUUGAGUUAUGACUACAACUUUGAUCCAUACUCCAACAAGAAUGUGCAAGAAUGCCGCUGUGGAUCGGCGAAUUGUCGAGGAUUCUUGGGCCCGCGUCUUAAGGAUAAGCAGCAGCGUGCCAAAGAACUUGAAGAAAAGCGCAAGGCCGAAGGAAGCCCCAAGAAGACAGCCUCGAAGAAGAUUGUCGAAAAAAAGCGAAAGGCCUCAGAAGAGUCUGAAGACGAUGUGCCCAGCCAGAGCAAAAGGCGCAAGAUUAUCACGUCCAAGACAAUCAAGGCUGGGGUGAAAAAAGCCGUCGCGACUGUUUAUGGAAAAAAGACUGCAAAAAAGACGGCCAAGGCCAAGACCAACGUCAAGCUACCGACAGUCAAAACCACAGGCCGAGUCAAGGCCGCUGUCCGAACUACCAAGACGUCCAAGGCAGCUCCAGCGUCUCCUGCUAAGACUACAACCUCCCAGCUUAAACGGCCAUCUGCGGAGACCAAGAAGAAAAUCCUCGCUGCUGCUUCCAAGGGCUCCGGGGUUCCUCCUCGGAAGCCUGUUGCGCGAAAGACCCCAAUCAAGAGUCCCGCCAAGACCAAAGCUCCUGCUUCUAAAAUGAAGACCACUGCCAGGAGCCGCCUUGGUAAGGGGGUCAAGAGCGCUGCUCGGCGUGUUGUGCGGUCUGUCAAAGGAGUAAAGAAGUGA